UACAAAAAACAAAGAUGUCGGCGACCUGGACUUCAAGUUGUUCUACGUGCACAUGUUUCAUAAGUCUCACCUAGGAACGAUUCAGUAAUGGCAGUAGAACAAACCUUUUCCUGUCUCCUAUGUAUUCUCUGCAUAUCUGCAUAUUUUUUGCCUAUUUUUGGAGCACUUGAGUUUCACGGGUCCUCAAAUACCCUCGAAUAUCGCAACGCCUCCAUGGGACAUCAAGUUACUGGAGUUGUCUCUCAGUACAGGGAACAAGUGUGGCUCUACUCCUGGAUUAACAAGACUGAGCCCUAUGCAGUGCGGGUAACGGUGGAAAGCCAAUCAUCCAAUCAGGAUUACCCCUUGCUUUUUGUUGCACGGUUGCAGAGAGGAGUGGUUUCCUGGCCAAUACCGGUAGAAGGGUUUAAUUACAAUCUUGUCAGUCGAACCCUAUGCCCCUUCAGUCAUGGCAUCACACAAUUAAAUAGAUCAGAAUCAAUCUCUAUUGAUGUAUCAACAUCAUCACUAAAGCCAGUCAAUUACUCACUGAAAGCAAUGUUUGCUGACAAGUUUCAGUUAUCGCUAGGUUCACCUUUAAGAGUUGUUGUGGACCCUGCCCAGCCGGUGUACUUCUUAUGGAGAUUCCCAAAAGAUGUGGAUACAGUUGUUAUAAAAGCUGAAUCCAAUGAUAGUACGCUGUGUGCCAUUCUAUCAGUCCAGGGAACUAAGUGUCCAGUAUAUGAUUUGGCAAGAAAUGUGGAAUUCACAGGCCACUUUCAGACUAUGACGACCAAAGCAGCAAUCACACUAGAGCGUAAUCAGACCCAAUAUUAUGUUGUACUAAUAGUCAAGUCAUCUGAUGAAGAAUGUGUCUCUGGGGAAAGGUUUGCUGAACCACGCACAGGAGAACUUGUGUCAAGAGAUCGUCAUUAUGCCGGUCUCUUAUCAUCAAGACAGAAGAAUGUCACAAUAACUGUAGAGCGCACUUUGUCUGAAAAGAAUUAUGUGAAGGCCAUAAUGGCUCCAGUAUUGUUCUUUGGGUCAUUCUACAUUGUUACUUUUGCUGUUCUUCUGGGUACCUGGUGUAGACAAAAAGGAGGAAAGGAGAGGAGUUUCCGUUCCAUUUUGAUGCCAAAAAGAAGUGAUAAUCAAGAUGCUCCAGUAAGUGUACCAUUAAGGACGUCCUCAUCAAGAAGAUCAAGAGACCAUUAUGGAUCAACACCUCAAACUAUCCUUCCCGUUAAUGAACCACUGGACACUGAUAGUCUAGAACGAUAUGAAAAUGACCAUUUAGUCACUGAAAGAGCAAUGAAUCCUUCAUCAAAGGAUUUUGAGAAACAUUAUGACAUGCUGCAUGACAUUGAAAUGGAGAAAGAUGUAUACAGGUUGAGGACAAGUCUUAUGCUCACUGACCUGGCUAAGAAAGAAAAGAAAUACCUGAAAAAGAAAUACAGACACUAUCACUGGAAUCUGCUGUUGAUAGCUGUGUUUUAUGCUCUCCCAGUUGUGCAGCUUGUUGUCACGUAUCAGAAGGUUCUAAACUUCAGUGGCGACGAAGACAUAUGCUACUAUAACUUCUUUUGUGCUCAUCCCUUGGGGGUGUUGAGUGCUUUUAACAAUGUGUUCAGUAACAUUGGAUAUGUCAUGCUGGGUAUCCUAUUCCUUCUUCUUGUAUUGCGACGUGACAGGCAACACAAACUAGAUGUUGCAGAAAACAGCGAAUUAGAGAAGCGUUACGGCAUUCCUCAGCAUUACGCCAUAUUUUAUGCUAUGGGUCUUGCCUUAAUAAUGGAAGGAGUUUUAUCAGGAUGUUAUCAUGUGUGUCCUAACAAUUCUAAUUUCCAGUUUGACACGUCUUUUAUGUACAUCAUCACUUGCCUGGGUGUCGUAAAACUUUAUCAAGCGCGUCAUCCAGACAUCGCUGCCAACGCGCACAUUGUUUAUACUGGGUUUGCUGUUAUCAUCUUUAUCGCUAUGAUUGGAGUGGUUUACAGUUCUUUUGCUUUCUGGACAACAUUUGCCAUUAUCCACGUCUUUGGAUGCUUGUAUCUCAGUUCACAAAUCUAUUACAUGGGGAGAGUCAAGUUUGAUGCCGGAAUGUUUGCAAGAGUGUUUGUGUUGCUGCGGUAUGAUUGCUGCUCUUGUCCGGUUUACAAGGAUCGCAUGCUUCUUUUGGUGAUUGCUAACGCAGUAAAUUGGUUCUUUGCCAUCUAUGGUGUUGCUGCUACACCCAGUGACUUUGCUACCUACCUGCUGGCCAUCUUGAUCGUCAAUGGAAUUCUCUAUUUGGCAUUUUAUGUCAUAAUGAAGUUGCGAAACAAGGAAAAGCUUCUGUUUUUCCCUUCGGUUGUGCUUUGUAUGACUCUUGUCUGUUGGACAUUCGCGCUCAUUUUCUUCUUGCGUAAUCUCACGUCUUGGCAGAAGUCUCCAGCACGGUCGAGGGAAGAUAACAAAGAGUGCUAUCUCCUGGAAUUUUAUGAUUAUCAUGACGUGUGGCACUUUCUGUCCGCCUGCGCUUUAUUUCUGUCAUUUCUGGGCUUGUUGACGCUGGAUGAUGACCUGCUCAAAACCCCAAGACAUCACAUCCCUGUAUUUUAACAAGCUACCUACAUAGCUGGAUAUCUGUUGUCAGUUUGAAGCGACACAGUUAAGAAAAGGGGGCGAUUUGAGUCGCAGACGGUGGCCAGAAGUCGAGGUUACUUUUUCAUGGAAGAGAAUCGUAUAGUCUAGAAUAUUAAGACAAGAGCAGUUUCCAGUUCAUUGUUUAAUGAUGACCGAAUAAGAACCCAAAAGGAUUUUCCCCUAACAAUUUUAAUACAUUUCUCAGCAGAAAGGUAAGAAGGGGAUAGAAAAAUAUCAGCAGAGAGAUAUUUUGUGAUUUUAAAUCAAAUUAUCGCCGAUGAAAUGACCAGUUAAUUGGUAUACAGUGCUGUAAGAGGUAGUUGGACUCUUCUUCCGGUCGCCGUCCACGUUUGAAAAACGUCCGCUGUUGAGUACCAUUAUGAGGGGCCUGGGAAGUAGGAAAUUAAGGAGCAUCUAUGAUAGUUUUAGCUGCCUCGCCUGUCGCCCUAUUAUCAUCGACCUCCGACAAAAACUGUUAGCUGCACGGGAUAAUAAUGCUUGAAAUUUAAUUGUAGACAUUGUUGAAUCAGCUUAGUCAAUCUGGCUGUAUUAGUUUUGACAUCCCGACUUUUUGAACCUCCUUGAGGUAAAGAAAUUGCUUGGAAUUUUUGAAAGGUUCGAAAAGUCAGGGAGAAGUUACAAUGAUUGAGUUGGGGAACAUUAGAAUCAUCGAGAUAUUGUGACUUUGUUUGUGAAAGCUAGAUUUUGUACGGGAAAUCAAACUUUAGCCUCCCAUGAAGAAAUGUAUAUUUGAUAUCUCAUGCUUUGAUUGCAUAAUUGAAACAAGGGGGUACUAAUGAUAUUUUCAUCAAAUGGAAAAAUGUGUCGAAAUGUGCAAGAUAUGAUGAUGAAAAUGGCAUUGAGACGUUUCGUGACUCUUUCUUUGAUUCAAAGGAUGGUGUUUGAAGGUUGUCUUUAAUUGUUCGUAAAAACAUCUAAGGGGAUUCAUGCUUUAAAUAUUUAACAAAUUAGAUUGCAACAUCUUUCUCGGCAAGUUGGGAGAAAGGUUGGAACCUUGAUAGACACCAAGACUUUAAAAUAGACCCAUUUUAUUAAAAACGUUUUUCUAAUUGUUAACAUGAA